UGAUGCGCGAGGAGUUUUGCCCGUGAGGGGUUUCAGCGCGCACAGGAUCAUUUUCACAUUUCUGGAUGAGUUUGCUGCUUUAUGAUGGAGGAUCACAUGCAGUGCACAAUCUGCUUGGAUCCGUUUAAAUUCCCAGUGACGAUACCGUGCGGUCACACUUUCUGCAAGAAAUGUAUCUCCAAGUUCUGGGAGGGCAAAGAAAAAGACGUUGACUGCCCUGUUUGUAAAGAAACGUUUCCCACGAGGCCUCAGCUCAAUCGUAAUGUUUCUAUGUCAGUUUUAACGGAGGCGGCUGCCGUAAACAGCCCAACGAAGAGAGAUGUGUGCGCAGGAGCCGCGGUCUACAGGGAGCCAGAGGAGUUCUGUGAGCGCCACCUGAAACCUCUGGUCAUUUACUGCAGGAACGACCGCAUGUGUGUCUGCUACGAGUGUUCUGUGAACGAGUGUAAGGGACACGAUCAGAUUUUGGUGGAAGAGGAACGAAAGAAUCGAGAGGCAGGACUGAGGAAAAAGUGUAUGGAAAUCAAAAAACACCAGGAAGCGACAGAGAGAAGCCUUCUAGAGCUUACUGAAAACAUGGCCCAAGCCAAGGUAUCACUCCAGCAGAUGUCUCACUGGGUGAACGGCAAGUUCUCCCAGCUGAUGAAGGUGCUGGCAGAGAAACAGGAAGUGACGCAGCUCUUUCUGGAGCAGCAGCAGCAGGAAGUGACAGUGUUGCAGGCAGAAGAGAGGUUGGCAGUGCUGCAGGAGAGAGCAGUGAAGCUUGCAGCCCUGCAGGAGGAGAUCAGCAGCAUGUGUUCACUCCCUCAUUGCCAGCUCAUCAAGGACUCCAGGUUCAUAGAGGUCCCUCAGUUCAGUGAAGUUGCUGUGGAUAUAAACACAAGUGUUCUGGAGAAGCUGAACCCCAUCACUGAUGUUCUGACUCGCGUCUCUAAAAUGGUGUGUGAAGACCUGGAGAGAGCUGUACAUGUGAUCGGAGGACAAGACAAAGAGAGCUCUCCUCAGGAUAAGAGGCCCGUUCUGGCUGUUGUUCCCAGCCCUGCAAUGCCAUUCUAUCCAGCAGAGAGGGAGGGGCUGACUGCAUACCAUUGCAGUCUGACCUUUGACCCUCGCACCGCAAACGCUCACUUGCGCCUUUCCCAGAGCAACAGAAGAGCGGAGCAUCUCACCUCUGGGCCCCGCCCUGUCCCUGCCGACGAGUCCCGCUUCGACCAUGCCUGGCAGGUAUUGUGUUUCCAAAGCUUCACUCGCGGCCAGCAUUACUGGGAGCUGGAGGUGUCCAAACCAUGGGCGUACGUGGGUGUGACGUAUCCGAACAUCCCACGUAAAGAGAAAGGCAAACGCUGCAUGGUGGGCAUGAAUGAGCUGUCGUGGAGCCUGCAGCUCGACGAACGGCAGCUGAGCGCAUGGCAUGCUGGCUGCAGGGAGCCCAUCGCUGGCCAGCUGCAGUUGAAUGCACAGCCACUGCGCAUCGGAAUGCUCCUGGAUUACGAGGCCGGAACGUUAACCUACUACGGCGAGGGACAGGUUCGGCUGCAUGCCUUCCACUGCGCGUUUUCACAAGCACUGUUACCAGCUUGCUGGAUUGGGGAAGGCGUCAGUAUUACACUCUGCGAACCAAGAGACUGAAAGUAUUUAAGUGAAAUAUUGUUGAUCUGUUCCCUGUUAAUUCUAAUAGGAUGUUCAUUGAGGAAAUAGAUGCUUUUCCCUGCUAGGAGCCUUUUUUCUUGAGGAAAUAGAUGCAGUUCCCUGCUUGGACAUAGCGUGAUGUGCAUGGGAACUGUUUGUAAUAUUCAAAUAACCACGAGGGUUCACAGUGGAUUUCCUCAGGAGUCAGGAGGAGGAUUGCGUGUAGUUACACUGCUGCAGUUUAGUCGACUCUUCGGAAUGCUCUGAUUUUUAAAUAGUUUAGCAUUGAACUUGUCGAAUUAUUGUACUUAAGUGUGCACGCCAGAGCAAAAGGGGAAAAAAAAACAUUGGCUUACUGUUUAUCAAGUGCUGAAACUUUGCUAGGUGAAAAAAACAAUCUGGAAUUAUGAGUAACAAUGUCACAUGAAAUCCUUUUUGCAACUUGAACUUUAGAACAUCAAAUCUUUGCGACACCUGCGCUUAAAAAGUUAGACACAGUACAACAAAUUAAACGUUUUCUCAAAAUAUGUUUUUAAAAAUUGAAGUGCUUUUAAAUUUGACAAGUUUCAAAAAUGCAGCAGUCCAGCACGAGACGCUGAAAAAUAAACGGCGAGUUUCUGUGCAACUGUCAAAGUCGUCUGUCCAGCGCGUUUACAAAGAAAAACAAUCUAAAAAUAUUGCAGAUGCAUGCAAAAACAUGAGUGAACAGCCCCUAACUGGCCCUAUUCUAGAACAAUUCUGUGCACAUCGCUACUAGGAUCCCUUUUUCUUGAGGAAAUAGAUGCAUUUCCCUGCUAGAAUCUCUUUUCCUUGGGGAAAUAAAUGCAUUUCCAUGCUAGAAUCUCUUUUCCUUGAGGAAAUAGAUGCAUUUCCCAGCUAGAAUCUCUUUUCCUUGGGGAAAUAAAUGCAUUUCCAUGCUAGAAUCUCUUUUCCUUGGGGAAAUAAAUGCAUUUCCAUGGUAGAAUCUCUUUUCCUUGAGGAAAUAGAUGCAUUUCCCAGCUAGAAUCUCUUUUCCUUGGGGAAAUAAAUGCAUUUCCAUGCUAGAAUCUCUUUUCCUUGGGGAAAUAAAUGCAUUUCCAUGGUAGAAUCUCUUUUCCUUGGGGAAAUAAAUGCAUUUCCAUGCUAGAAUCUCUUUUCCUUGAGGAAAUAGAUGCAUUUCCCUGCUAGAAUCUCUUUUCCUUGGGGAAAUAAAUGCAUUUCCAUGCUAGAAUCUCUUUUCCUUGAGGAAAUAGAUGCAUUUCCCAGCUAGAAUCUCUUUUCCUUGGGGAAAUAAAUGCAUUUCCAUGCUAGAAUCUCUUUUCCUUGGGGAAAUAAAUGCAUUUCCAUGGUAGAAUCUCUUUUCCUUGGGGAAAUAAAUGCAUUUCCAUGCUAGAAUCUCUUUUUCUUGAGGAAAUAGAUGCAUUUCCCUGCUAGAAUCUCUUUUCCUUGGGGAAAUAAAUGCAUUUCCAUGCUAGAAUCGCUUUUCCUUGGGGAAAUAAAUGCAUUUCCAUGUUAGAAUCUCUUUUCCUUGGGGAAAUAAAUGCAUUUCCAUGCUAGAAUCUCUUUUCCUUGGGGAAAUAAAUGCAUUUCCAUGGUAGAAUCUCUUUUCCUUGGGGAAAUAAAUGCAUUUCCCUGCUAGAAUCUCUUUUCCUUGGGGAAAUAAAUGCAUUUCCCUGCUAGAAUCUCUUUUCCUUGGGGAAAUAAAUGCAUUUCCAUACUAGAAUUUCUUUUCCUUGAGGAAAUAGAUGCAUUUUCCCGCUAGAAUCUCUUUUCCUUGGGGAAAUAAAUGCAUUUCCAUACUAGAAUUUCUUUUCCUUGAGGAAAUAGAUGCAUUUUCCCGCUAGAAUCUCUUUUCCUUGGGGAAAUAGAUGCAUUUCCCUGCUAGAAUCUCUUUUCCUUGAGGAAGUAGAUGCAUUUCCCAGCUAGAAUCUCUUUUCCUUGGGGAAAUAGAUGCGUUUCCCUGCUAGGAUCACGCUUCCUUGGGGAAAUAGAUGCAUUUCCCUGCUAGGAUCAUGUUUCCUUGAGGAAAUAGAUGCAUUUCCCUGCUAGGAUCUCUUUUCCUUGAGGAAAUAGAUGCAUUUCCCUGCUAGGAUCAUGUUUCCUUGAGGAAAUAGAUGCAUUUCCCAGCUAGAAUCUCUUUACCUUGAGGAAAUAGAUGCAUUUAUCAUUUAGGAUUCUUUUCCUUGGGGAAAUAGAUGCAUUUAUCCGCUAGAAUCUCUUUUCCUUGAGGAAAUAGAUGCAUUUUCCCGCUAGAAUCUCUUUUCCUUGGGGAAAUAGAUGCAUUUCCCUGCUAGAAUCUCUUUUCCUUGAGGAAGUAGAUGCAUUUCCCAGCUAGAAUCUCUUUUCCUUGGGGAAAUAGAUGCGUUUCCCUGCUAGGAUCACGCUUCCUUGGGGAAAUAGAUGCAUUUCCCUGCUAGGAUCAUGUUUCCUUGAGGAAAUAGAUGCAUUUCCCUGCUAGGAUCUCUUUUCCUUGAGGAAAUAGAUGCAUUUCCCUGCUAGGAUCAUGUUUCCUUGAGGAAAUAGAUGCAUUUCCCAGCUAGAAUCUCUUUACCUUGAGGAAAUAGAUGCAUUUAUCAUUUAGGAUUCUUUUCCUUGGGGAAAUAGAUGCAUUUAUCCGCUAGAAUCUCUUUUCCUUGAGGAAAUAGAUGCAUUUCCCUGCUAGAAUCUCUUUUCCUUGGGGAAAUAGAUGCAUUUCCCUGCUAGAAUCUCUUUUCCUUGAGGAAAUAGAUGCAUUUCCCAGCCAGAAUCUCUUUUCCUUGAGGAAAUAGAUGCAUUUCCCUGCCAGAAUCUCUUUUCCUUGAGGAAAUAGAUGCAUUUCCCAGCUAGAAUCUCUUUUCCUUGGGGAAAUAGAUGCAUUUUCCUGCUAGGAUCACGCUUCCUUGGGGAAAUAGAUGCAUUUCCCUACUAGGAUCACGUUUCCUUGAGGAAAUAGAUGCAUUUCCCUGCUAGGAUCACGUUUCCUUGAGGAAAUAGAUGCAUUUCCAUGCUAGAAUCUCUUUUCCUUGAGGAAAUAGAUGCAUUUCCCUGCUAGGAUCACGUUUCCUUGAGGAAAUAGAUGCAUUUCCAUGCUAGAAUCUCUUUUCCUUGAGGAAACAGAUGCAUUUCCUUGCUAGGAUCAUGUUUCCUUGAGGAAAUAGAUGCAUUUCCAUGCUAGAAUCUCUUUUCCUUGAGGAAAUAGAUGCAUUUCCCAGCUAGAAUCUCUUUACCUUGAGGAAAUAGAUGCAUUUCCCUGCUAGAAUCUCUUUUCCUUGAGGAAAUAGAUGCAUUUCCCUGCUAGGAUCACGUUUCCUUGAGGAAAUAGAUGCAUUUCCAUGCUAGAAUCUCUUUUCCUUGAGGAAACAGAUGCAUUUCCUUGCUAGGAUCAUGUUUCCUUGAGGAAAUAGAUGCAUUUCCAUGCUAGAAUCUCUUUUCCUUGGGGAAAUAGAUGCAUUUAUCCGCUAGAAUCUCUUUUCCUUGAGGAAAUAGAUGCAUUUCCCUGCUAGAAUCUCUUUUCCUUGAGGAAAUAGAUGCAUUUCCCUGCUAGGAUCACGUUUCCUUGAGGAAAUAGAUGCAUUUACCAUUUAGGAUCCUUUUUCAUUGAGGAAAUAGAUGCAAUUCCCUGCUAGAAUAAUUUUUCCCUUCAGGAAAUAGAUGCAUUUCUCUGCUAGGAUCACGUUUCCUUGAGGAAAUAGAUGUAAUACCCUACUAGGAUCCCUUUUCCUUUAGGAAAUACAUGCAUUUCCCUGUUAGGAUCACUUCCUGCUGGGAUCCCUACUGUAAGUGAACCUGAAAACUGUGGCCUUGUUUUGCCAUCAUUUCCUCCUCGUGUUUGUGAAGAGUGGUGUAGAAAUGUGUAUUGAAGAAUCUGCAUGCACACUCUUAGGGGCAGUUCAAACAGGACAGGUUCUUGCAUCCGUCCGCACUGUUUUGUAAGAAUACGCUAGAACGGAUGUGUUCGAGCAUCGCAACACGUCUUGCUGCUUUUCCAGUGUCUUGCACAUGAGCACACCACGUUUUUAAGAUGCUGUGCCAAGUUAAAAAAGGCAUUUUCAAAAUGCGUCCCCAGACACCUGUGUUUUGUCAUUCUGUUGUGCUAAGUCUAGCUUUUUUUUUUUUAAAUGCAAGAAUGUGUUCUAUUAAGGGGCCGUUCACACAUACAGCGGUUUGCAGCAGCAAGGCAACCAGAAUCAUUUAUUUGCAAUGUGAGGUGAUAAGAGAAAUCUAAAUUCAAUCCUGCUGCCUUUAUAAUUUACAUUGGUAGUUUUUAACAUUCAGAAUCAGGUAAUGUUUCAUUUUUUGUUUGCCUGCAGUAGAGGAAGAAAAACAACUAUCAUGUGCUUUUUUUUACAUGUCCUGUUUUCCUUUGGCUUUGGGUUCUGAUAACUGUGAAUUGUAUUUCCACUGAAUCUGUUAUAUCAGUAUUUUGUAUAUUUUUGAAGAGUUUAACUACACAACCACAUCAUGAUGUGAGCAUCAAAUUUCAUAUGAUACACUUUUCAAGGAUUGACAUCUGAGGAAAGUAAAAUUUCAUAGUGUUUUUUUCAUUAGUCAUGAACUCAUCAUAGUCAUUGGCUAUAUUCAGAAUGGAAUACUAGUGCACUGCAUACUGUGUAGUAUGUACCAUAUACUUCUUAUAAAUACAAUUAAAAAUACUUUUUUUCU